UACCAGUUGUAAAAUAAAACAACAGGAAACUGAAACAAGUUGAAUAUUUGUUUUGUUAAAAUCACUUGUCAGGUAUAUUGUUAAUUAUAUCGACAUCAUAUAAUUUGCAGUGUAUUGCAUAGAACGCCAAUAGCCUACAUAUUUGUCAAUGUAGCCGAACACUCCAGGUGCAGCCCAAAGGUAACUGGUGACAAUGCUUGCGUCCAUACUAACUGCUGCUGUGCCAGUGGUUGCAACCUUGGCAGUUGCCCUGUACGUGUUGCGCAAAAUCCAGCAGACUUAUGGAAAUGUGGUCAAUCAGAGAGUUCCUGAUAUAUCUGUGGAUGGACAGCUGGAUUCAGGCUACUACUCUGGUAAUGUGAGAGAAAAUCGAGCUCAUUCAGCAAGACAUCGAAGACCACAUCCCUACCAGAACAGAGGUAGAGCAUCAGGGGCGUCGGGUUCGUCGGCAGAUUCUGGAUCAGGUCUGCAGUCUGCGUCUGAAGACGUGCAAGUAGUACACGCCUUUGAGGGGUUUGAAAUUGAGUGUGCCAUCUGCUUUGAACAACUGAGCUGUGUCCAGGUGUAUCCAUGCAACCAUUCGGGAAUCUGCAUCAACUGUAUUAACAAGAUCAUAACAGACGGAGACCGGCUAUGUCCAUUUUGCAGACGAUUUAUUCAAGCUUACAGAAACUAGACUUGCUAUAUAUAAUCUCUUAAAGGGACAUUCCUGAGUUUGCUCCAUUGUAAGAUUUUUCCGACUAAUAAAAUAUUUCUACGAUUAAACUUACAUAUUAAAUAUAUUUUUUUGUUUAGAACAUCAGUGUCUGUAUAUUCA